GAACAACGAUGAAACUGCUCGUUUUGCUAUUUCUAACAUUUUCGGUUGCGAAAAGUUGUUUGGUAGUCAGAUUGAUUAAUCCAAGUUGCACCUACUGUAGCUUUUCUUCAUAUUUUGAAACAACUACGAAUGUCCAUAAGUUCUUUAUAAAUAAUAUCUCAACUCACGUUUAUACGGCCACCAAUCAACGGGGGAGCAGUAUCGGAUGUACCAAAACUUUUGAAUGUUCAAACGAAAAAUUCAGUCUUGUGGGAGUAACAAUGGAUCCAUUUCAACUCAACAAUUCUGAUAUUGUUACUAUGUUCCCGGCGAAGGAGAUUGAGGUGACUUGCAAUCCAAGCACAAACAUCCGACGGCCAUGUCAAGCUUAGAAAUAUUUAUAUGGGAUGUGUCGACUUUCAUAGUCUCAGAAUGACAACACUUCGCCCUCCUCCACCUACUUUUGUGACUCUUACACCACCUCGAUGGAUCACUGGCCGGCCUGCAGUGUUCUCGUUCCAAAACUUGAAGUCAUGGUUCGGGUUCUGAGAAAUAAAUAUUUUUUGUUACCAUCAA